AUGAACUCCAACGACCUCCUUUCCUACUCCAUCCUCCACAACGGCAAAAACGCCCCAAUCUCCCACACGGCUUCCUCCCACUUCACCUUCUCCAGAACCCUCUCGGGACUCAAUUCCUACGACUUUCUGCACUCCCACUACCGUCUGUCGUCGGAACUGUCCCAGGGAAGCUCUCCUCGGCUUGAAUCCUCCCUGGAGCCUUGUGGAAACCUUCACGCUUCUGGAAGCCUCCAGGUUUCUGGAAGCCUGUCUCCCCAGCUUUCGGCAGAGUGUUCUCCCGAGAAAAAACGCCGCCAGCGUCUUGGGCCCAGCUGCGAUAGUUGCCGAGCCAGAAAAGUCAAGUGUAACGCCGACGUUGUGCUUCUUUCGAGAAACGUCGACGACGAGGAGCCCGAGGAGGUGGACUCGCUUCUGCCCGAGCAAAAAAAGAAGCUUUUUGACGGCGCUCUUGUGGCCAUUUCGGGAAACUUCAACUUGGUGGUUUCCAACGGCAAAUUGGUGAAAUUCAAGCCGUGCUCGUCGUGUGCCACCAGAGAGCUCGAGUGCUGUUUCAGCAAAGGCUUCACCAAAGAGGACAUUGUGCACAGCAAACGGUGCACGAGCCUUGGCGGCGUUGGAUUGGGCAGCACGGCUGCCGCCGGCGCCAAAGAGGCGCUCAAGAAGGUGAAAAAGCGCCUGGAGGCCGUGUCGGCGAGAAAGUCCAGCUGUGUCGCUUGCAGAAGGCGCAAAGUCAAGUGUGUGAUGAAUUCCCGUUUGGGCAAGUGCGUCGGGUGUGUGAAGAAGGAGCUGGAGUGUUCUUUUGCGUGA